AACUAAACCUUGGCAGAAUCUUGAAUCUGGGUGUUUCGUCUGGGAUGAAGCUCAAGCAGCUCGAAAGCCUCCUUGGUGGUCUCCAACAGUUCUCCAACCCAAAGGUGGAGCUGGAACAAUACCCAACUGGACCCCACAUUGCAUCUCGCAUGCUCUACACUGCAGAGAAUUCAUUUGGGGAUGUGUGUGACAAGGUAGUGGCUGAUUUUGGCUGUGGUUGUGGUACAUUGGGGGUUGCAGCUGGACUCUUGGGCGCAGAACAUGUGAUUGGCAUUGACGUCGAUCCAGAAUCUCUUGAAUUAGCUUCACUAAAUGCUGAGGAACUUGAGUUGGACAUAGAUUAUGUUCAAUGCAACAUCAAGAACUUAGGGUGGAGAGCUGAAGUUGUUGAUACUAUUGUAAUGAAUCCUCCAUUUGGAACUCGGAAAAAGGGUGCUGACAUGGAUUUUCUCUCUGUGGCUUUGAAGGUUGCUUCUCAAGCUGUUUAUUCCUUACAUAAAACCUCCACGAGAGAUCAUGUGAAAAGGGCAGCCUUGCAGCAGUUCAAUGCUAGCAGUGCUGAGGUUAUAUGUGAGCUUCGAUAUGAUUUACCACAAACGUACAAGUUUCAUAAGAAACGAGAGGUGGAUAUCGCUGUGGACUUGUGGCGAUUUGUCCCCAAGAGUAAGCAGGGUCCAGAGGUCUAGCACAUGUAUAAGAUCAUGUACGGUGUAUUAUAGGAAAAUACAUGUUAAAGUUAAUGUAGGAACUUGUUUUGUUUUUGUCAAGAUUCUAUUGCCUUUCUCAGAGGAAACAGCCAUUUGUAACAGUUGAUUAAGAUUCCUUAAGCAAACUCUUUCUGACAGGUUUUCUCAACCUCGCGUCAGUAUUAUUAAUGCAUGCAAUAUACAUUUUCAAA